CUGGUUCUUCGAAAUGAGAAAAUGAUGAAACAAAGAAAAAAUGCAAAAGUCAUCACUCAAUUUCCAUAACCAAAAUCGAUUCUUCAUCAAACGAUUCUUGCUCUCCCCAAAUUCGAAUUGAAUCGUUGACACUUGUUUCAAUUCUCAAUAUUAUCAAUCAAUCAUAAUAUAAUCAUCAUUCAUUCUUCCCCUGAAUUUCAUCAAUUUACAGGUUGAUUUUGUGGGUGGCGAUGCUGUUUUGUUUGAUGAUCAAGAUCCAAUUCUGAUUGAUUCUGUGACGGAUCAUUUCUGGGUCGGUGUUUGUUUCCCUGGAAAUCGCCUUCUUCGUCGCGUUCUCUCAAGUUUCGGACCGUUUGGUGUAUUGACUGCGUGUUGCGAAUCUGGGUUGCCCCCAUUUCGCAUUUUGGACGAGGAGGAUCUGAUUGCGAUAUCGUGUGUAGCAUUAGCUUCAAAUGGUGGAUUUUGAUCAGCAUUUGAUUGGAACCUCUGUUUGAAUUUACUGUUUGAUCACCAGGGCUGGUUUGUUUGAUUGGUUUGUGAAUUUCAACUCUCCUUCGCCUUUGGGAGAUGGGUUUGUUUUGGAAUGGGGAGAAGUGAAGGAUUGAGGUGACCUUUUGAGUUGGAGUUUUGGCAUGAAGGGUGUUGUUUUUCAUGCAUUGGAUGGUGCAGAAAGGUUUUUUCAUGCUGGUAUGAGCCUUUUGUUUCUUUUGAUUUAAUUUGACUUGGGAUGUUUGAAAUAUGCUGUUAAGUUGUUAUGCUGUAGUUAUUGUUUAGUAGUGAAGAGUGGUUUAGUUGAAUUGGUUGAGCCUCACUUAGGAGUAGAAGGGUUCCUUUUAUGAAUUAUGAAUUCAAGGUUUAAUAGAGGUGGUGGUAGAUGAUAUUUUCCCAUGUGUUGAUUUGUUGAUGAAGUUGUUGUCUAGGCUGGUGGUACUGAGAACCGCAAACUGCUUCGACCGGGUUGGGAUUGUUUGUGGAUGUAGAAGAACUGGAUUUCAGAUUCUGGGGUUUUUUUUGGACCUGAGUUGUAACUUAUAAGUAUCGCAGCUUAGGAUCUCCAAGGUUAAUUGUAUUUCGGUUGGGGUUCUAGUUCUUUAUUUUAGGUUUGUUUUCUGUUCUGGACAUGAUCUGCUAUGAGUAGCAAAUGGGCAAGUCGUCAUCAUGAACAAGGAAACUAGAGUGUCUGUCAAUGGAUGUAGUAGACAGGACUUUUUUUUCUGAGCUUGUCAGCAUCAUUAAGUCAUGGAUUCCCUGGCGAUCUGAGCCAGCAAAUGUGUCUAGGGAUUUUUGGAUGCCUGACCACAGUUGUAGAGUAUGCUACGAGUGUGAUUCCCAGUUCACUAUAUUUAAUCGCAAACACCAUUGUCGUCUUUGUGGACGUAUUUUCUGUGCCAAGUGUACAACAAAUACGGUUCCUGCCCCAUUUAGCGGCCAAAGGAAUUCUUGGGAUGAGUGGGAAAAUAUUCGUGUAUGCAAUUAUUGUUACAAGCAAUGGGAGCAGGGCGUAGUUGUUUUUGACAACAGUAAUCAGGUUUCCAAUCUGGAUCGUAGUAAUUCGAUGUCAUCUUCAAGCUUGGCCAGCAGUAAAACUAGUGGCACUGCUAACAGCAGUAACAUCACUCUUUACUCGAUGCCUUGUUCAGUUGGGUCUUAUCAACAAACGCAACAGGGUUCCUGUCUGAACCUGCAUCAGUCACCUAUGAGGGGAAAUGAUAGGGAAGGUUCACCAGCAUUAGGAGGGAGGAAUGAUCAUGUAGCAGACCAAGGGGAUCCAUUAACAAAGCAAUAUGGGUUUUCAAUAAACAGGAGUGAUGAUGAUGAGGAUGAGUAUGGAGUGUACCGGUCUGAUUCAGAUAUGAGGCAUUAUCCUCAAGUGAGUAGCUACUAUGGACAAACGGAGCUUGAGGAGAUAAGCAACAUAGAUGGAUCACGGAAAAUCCAGUCUGAUGGAGAUAACAUUAAUUCAAAACUCUCUUCAAACUACAGUUUUGACGGACAGGGUUUGGAAGGAACACCAGUUAUAGCAAAAAAUGAAGAUGAACCUGAUAUUUGUGAUGAAAACGAAGCACCUUCCUCAUUAUAUGUUUCAGAGUAUGUUGAUACCGACCCUGUUGAUUUUGAAAACAAUGGACUUCUCUGGCUCCCACCUGAACCAGAGGAUGAAGAAGAUGAACGCGAAGCUAUUUUGUUUGAUGAUGAUGAUGACCUUGAUGGGAAUGCCACUGGAGAGUGGGGUUAUCUGCGCAAUUCGAGCAGUUUUGGAAGUGGGGAGUAUCGGCACCGAGAUAGGUCAAACGAUGAGCAAAAGAAGGUAGUGAAGAAUGUAGUGGACAGUCACUUUAGGGCACUGGUAUCUCAGCUGUUACAGGUUGAGGACAUACCUGUUGAAGACAAUGACAAAAAUAGUUGGUUGGAAAUAAUCACAUUUCUGUCAUGGGAAGCUGCUACUUUAUUGAAACCAGAUAUGAGCAAAGGUGGAGGGAUGGACCCAGCUGGUAACGUGAAAGUCAAAUGCAUAGCAUGUGGGAGCCGCGUUGACAGUGCGGUGGUUAAAGGAGUUGUGUGUAAAAAAAAUGUGGCUCAUCGGCGAAUGACAUCGAAAGUGGACAAACCUCGUUUGCUGAUCCUUGGAGGGGCUCUUGAGUACCAGCGUGUCACCAACCUUUUAUCUAGUGUGGAUACUCUAUUGCAGCAGGAAACGGACCAUCUGAAGAUGGCAGUGGCAAAGAUAGCUGCACACAAGCCAAAUGUCCUUUUGGUAGAGAAAUCAGUUUCUCGGUAUGCACAGGAGUAUCUCCUUGCAAAAGACAUAUCUCUGGUUCUCAAUGUCAAGAGAUCACUUUUGGAGCGCAUAGGGCGUUGCACAGGAACUCAAAUAGUGCCUACAAUCGAUCAUCUUUCAUCACAGAAGUUAGGUUACUGUGAAACAUUUCAUGUUGAGAAGUUUCUUGAAGAUCUUAGUGCUAGUCAGGGUGAGAGAAAAACAAUGAAAACAUUGAUGUUUUUUGAAGGCUGCCCAAAACCAUUAGGUUGCACAAUUUUACUUAGAGGAGCUGACAAGGAUGAACUGAAGAAGGUAAAGCAUGUGGUUCAGUAUGGAGUUUUUGCAGCUUACCAUUUGGCUCUGGAGACAUCUUUUCUUGCUGACGAAGGAGUCUCCCUGCCAGAAAUUCCAUUAAACAGCCUUGCACUACCAAAUAAAUCAUCAUCCAUUCAGAGGUCCAUCUCAACAGUUCCUGGUUUCAGUGUUCCUGGCAUUGACAAGUCUCAGGGGCAUAAAUCUGAUACUGAACCACGGAGAACCAAAAGUGUCACGAUUUCUGAUCUAGCCUCAUCAGCCCGCGAUACAGGGUCCUGUGUGUCUAAUGGUACGUCUCAAUCUAUACCACCUGGAUCAAGUCUCAACUCUUCAACUGCCUUGCACGCCUCAAUUGCUGCUUCAGGAAAUGCAAUUCCAGAGUCAUAUGAUAAGAAUCUUCGUUCAUGCACUAGCAAAGAGAGAAACGAAAUGGACUCCAAUCAACCUCUAGUGGAAGAAACUUCUGUAGGGGACAACACUCAGGCAAUCAUGGAUGAUCCCUCUAUAAAUGACUCUGAAACUAUAGAGAAAUUAUAUCAAGGCAUUUUAGCCAACAAUCCUCAAAACGGGCAUAACAAAAUAUCUGCAAACCAUUUAAGUGGUUCGCAGUCAUUAUCUCCAAACUUUGUUCAAAACCACCCUAUGAAACUUGAAAUCAGAAAUGAAGAGCCAGUUCCUCAAAAGGAAGAGUUUCCUCCAUCACCCUCUGACCAUCAAAGCAUUUUGGUGUCUUUGUCCUCCCGGUGUGUAUGGAAGGGUACUGUGUGUGAGAGGUCCCAUCUAUUUCGAAUUAAAUACUAUGGCAGCUUUGACAGACCAUUGGGCCGGUUUCUGCGAGACCAUUUAUUUGACCAGAGUUAUCGAUGCCCUUCUUGUGAAAUGCCAUCAGAAGCACAUGUGGAUUGUUAUACUCAUCGGCAGGGGACACUCACCAUUUCAGUCAAGAAAAUACCUGAAAUUACCCUACCUGGUGAAAGGGAGGGAAAGAUCUGGAUGUGGCACAGGUGUUUAAGGUGUCCAAGAACCAAUGGUUUUCCUCCUGCUACACAAAGAAUAGUAAUGUCCGAUGCUGCUUGGGGUUUAUCAUUUGGGAAAUUUUUGGAGCUUAGUUUCUCAAACCAUGCUGCAGCCAGCAGGGUGGCAAGCUGUGGCCAUUCCUUACACAGAGAUUGUCUUCGGUUUUAUGGAUUUGGAAAAAUGGUUGCUUGUUUUCGAUAUGCAUCAAUUGAUGUUCAUUCAGUCUACCUUCCCCCUCACAAACUGAAUUUUGAUUACGGGAAUCAGGAUUGGAUACAAAAAGAAUCAGAUGAGGUGGUCAACCGAGCAGAGCUUUUAUUCUCUGAAGUACUCAAUGGUCUUAGUCAAAUUGGAGAGCAAAGAUCAAGUGCAGUGCUCCUCAACAGCGGCCUCAAGACACCUGAAUUAAGACGCCAAGUUGCUGAACUGGAGGGCAUGUUGCAGAAGGAGAAGCUAGAAUUUGAGGAAACUCUUGAAAAGAUUUUGAAGCAAGAAAGGAGAAAUGGCCAACCUGGGAUUGACAUUCUAGAAAUUAAUCGACUGUGGAGGCAGUUACUUUUCCAAUCAUAUAUGUGGGACCACCGCCUUGUUUACACAGCCAGCUUAGCUAAUUCCAGCAAUGAAACUGGUUCAAGCAGUUCAAUAUCGGAGGAUAAGGAAAUACCUAUUGAUGAAAAUCAGAUGAAUAUGGUUUCUGUGGCAGGAAGAGAAUUCAGUAGUGUUGACUCUAUUCGUGGUGAUCCAAAGCUGAACAAAAGCCCUAGCCUUGGAGGAGGAGGUGGAGUAGUUGAUGGCAAAAGUUCCCAAUCUGAUGUAUUUCAUCAAGAAAUUGACAUGGCCAAAAACAAACAUCAUGAGAAAGAAGACCAACCUAGUCUUUCAAUCAGCAAAAGCAUAAGUGACCAAUCUGACCGUUUAGAACCUGAAUUGGGUGUUCGCAGAGCUCUCUCUGAUGGGCCAUUUCCUGUCAUACCUAGUUUGUCUGAUACACUUGAUGCAAAAUGGACAGGUGAAAACAAAUCAGGAUUUGGAAUUCAAAACGAUAACACUUCUUCAAAUCCUGAUAUAUUGAUGGGAGAUUCUUUGGCGACCACUGUACAGAAAGAAACAUACAUUCUAGGGGAUCGCACAGAAGAUCAGAAUGGCUCCAAGAGUAUCAAUUCUGCUACUAAAGGUCUUGAUAACAUGGAAGACUCUUCAAGCUGGUUACGGAUGCCCUACUUAAACUUUUAUCGCCAGUUUAAUAAGAAUUUUUUUGCCAGUACGCAGAAGUUUGAUACGAUAGUUGACUACAAUCCUGUUUAUGUAUCAUCCUUCCGGAAGCUGGAACUCCAAGGAGGAGCGAGGCUGCUUCUGCCGAUUGGUGUAAAUGACACUGUAAUUCCAAUAUAUGAUGAUGAACCCUCAAGUAUUAUAGCUUAUGCCUUAAUGUCACCAGAAUAUCAUUUCCAAUUGACUGAUGAAGGAGAGAGACCAAAAGAAGGAUUUGAGUCGUCUUCAUCAUAUUUUUCUGACUCAGGCACCUUCCAGUCAUUUUCAUCUGCUGAUGAUACAGCUUUUGAUUCUCAGAAAAGUUUUGGGUCGAUAGACGAAAUGGUGCUGUCCAUGUCUGGGUCACGCAGCUCGUCAAUGCUGGAUCCAGUGUUAUAUUCAAAGGCUCUGCAUGCCAGAGUUUCCUUUGGAGAAGAUGGUCCCCUAGGCAAGGUAAAGUAUUCAGUGACUUGUUACUAUUCCAAGCGAUUUGAAGCCUUAAGACGGGUCUGUUGUCAUUCGGAGCUUGACUAUAUAAGGUCUUUGAGUCGCUGUAAGAAAUGGAGAGCUCAAGGUGGGAAGAGUAAUGUAUUCUUCGCAAAAACCUUGGAUGAUCGAUUUAUCAUCAAACAAGUUACCAAAACAGAGCUUGAAUCAUUCAUUAAAUUUGGUCCUGAAUACUUCAAGUACCUUUCUGAAUCCAUAGACACAGGAAGUCCAACAUGCCUGGCAAAGAUUCUCGGCAUAUACCAGGUUACAUCAAAGCAUCUUAAGGGAGGGAAAGAAUCAAGGAUGGAUGUCCUGGUCAUGGAGAAUCUUCUAUUUAGGAGGUCCGUGACGCGACUUUAUGAUCUUAAAGGAUCUUCCAGGUCUCGGUAUAAUCCAGAUAGUACCGGGAAAAACAAAGUUCUCCUGGACCAGAACUUGAUUGAAGCAAUGCCAACUUCUCCUAUUUUUGUGGGAAACAAAGCAAAACGGUUAUUAGAGAGAGCUGUGUGGAACGACACUGGUUUUCUUGCAUCAGUUGAUGUAAUGGACUAUUCUUUACUUGUUGGGGUGGAUGAAGAGAAGCAUGAGUUAGUUCUUGGAAUCAUUGAUUUCAUGAGGCAGUAUACUUGGGACAAGCAUCUUGAAACAUGGGUGAAAGCUUCAGGCCUUCUUGGAGGACCAAAGAACACAUCUCCAACAGUUAUAUCACCCAAGCAGUACAAGAAAAGGUUCAGGAAAGCAAUGACCACUUACUUUAUUAUGCUUCCAGAUCAGUGGUCUCCCCCAUCUAUUAUUCCUAGUAAUUCUCAGACUGAUUUAGGUGAAGACAACACACAGUCUAGGACUGUAGCUGAAUGAUUCUUUGAUUUUGUGUUUCUGUAAAGUUUACUUUCAAUUUGGGGUAGUAACUCCCCCAUAAUUUGAUAUUGUUUUUUGGUUUUCCCUUUUAAAUCAUAUAGGAAUUCUUUUGGUUCAUUUGUUAUUUCGUCAACUAGAUAUUAUCAAUUGUUUGUUAGAAGACAUUGUAAGAGGAGAAGCCACAGGAUGUUUGUCUGGGGUAAAAAUAUUUGAUGACCUCUGGAUGAAAUCUCUGUACAAAAAUUAUCAGAUAGUCACAUUUAUAGCACCAAGUUUAUACAUGUUUAAAUUUUCAGACA